GCUCGACAAUUUGCUAAACAUGGCAUACGGCGUCAAGAGGUUCUCUCCUAUCACCAUCGACAGCAUGACCAGUCUGGCGGGAGUCAAUUUGACCGGGGCCUCCAGCGCCGGCUGGUGCAUCUUUGUGUACAACCUCUCUCCAGAGGCGGAUGAGAGCGUCCUCUGGCAGCUCUUUGGGCCCUUUGGAGCCGUCACCAACGUCAAAGUAAUCCGCGACUUCACCACCAACAAGUGCAAAGGCUUUGGCUUUGUCACCAUGACCAACUAUGACGAAGCCGCCAUGGCCAUCGCCAGCCUCAAUGGCUACCGACUGGGUGACCGAAUCCUCCAGGUUUCCUUCAAGACCAGUAAGCAACACAAGGCGUGAGUGAGCAAAGGCACCAGAGAGAUGGGGGGGGGGGGGGGGGGGAAGCAACAGUGUGCUGGAGACGGCUCUCUUCCCCAACUCGCCACAAGAACGGAAAUGUUCAUUGACUCAAUGUUGCAGAAUAUUCAACCGCCAGACACACCGUGAUCUUUGGGAAGCAGGAGGCCCCUCCCCCUCCUCCUCCCCAUGCCCGACAGCCCAGCGGGGAAGCACGGAUGCAGCAACUUGUCAGCCACUUCUUGAAAAUUAAACCCUGUUCUGACAGCAUGCAGGGGUGACAUCUGCUCAGAAUAGGAUACCUCUCUUGUUUCUAUGCUUGGUGACCCCCUCCCUCUUUCAAGGCUUUCUUAACAUACAUGUGCCCAGAUCUGAAGCUUCCUCCAGUUCUCCAUAUAUCUUCUUUCCCUCUAUGAAUUCCACACCUCUGUGGUUCCUUUGGUGGACAGUUUUUCUGACCCUGGAGGAUGGAAAAAACAAAACAACACACUACUCCCGGUAAGGUGUGAUAGAAAUGCCCCCCUUCAUGUUAAAACAUUGCGAACCAACAAAUCCGAGAAGGUCAUGACUGUUACUCUGAGCUAGCUGAGGGGGAGGAAUUAAAAAGAUUCAACUCACCACCUUUGUUCUCUUAUGAUGCAAAAAGAAAGGAAAAGAACAAACGUGGUUGGAGGAGAUUGCACUCAUCUCAUCUGUUGGUCUAAUAUGUUAGUGAUACAGGUUCUUAAUCCCACCGUUUUCCUUGGCCCCUAAUUAGAACGAUGCCAUAUUUGGGAAAAUAAGUCUAACCUUUUAUCUCUGAAAAGAGGGGACUUCCUAUUUGAGUCCAGAGAAAACUCAUUCCGUGGGAAAAGAAGGACCAUUUUACACUCGUAUGUUGUAAAAUUUGCUGACCAGGUUUUGAAUAUUUGCUUAUUUAUUUAACUACUUUACGUUGAAAUGAAAGUUUGGACCAGAAUGAUGUAAAAAAAAAGGGCAGCCAAGAAUUUGGCACAAAGUCCAAGAUUUCUAGAGUCUUUAUAGCUUCUAAUCAGGUUGUAAGGACUAGAUAAGUUUCUUACGGGUCAGGAGUAGGGAUUUGCUAUUUGAGACGUUAUGGGGCAGUAAAAUUAAACAUUUUAUUUUUCUUCUUCCCCGAGAUGAAAUGUUUUUUUUUCCCCCUUUUUCUUGUAAACUGAUCUUUCAUGAGAAAUUUAUAGAGCCAAGCACAGGGGAAGGAAAUCAGCCCCAGACUUGUGAUCAUUGACAACUGAAUAUAGAUUGAAAGGUGUUUGGGGCAAAGGGAAGAUGGUUAGUAUGGCUGAGGUCUUUCUUUCUCUUUUAAAAUAAAUAAGUGACCAAACAAGGGGGAAAAAAUCAUAAAUUUUAAAAGGUAAAAACU